UCGCCAGUGAAUUAUUAAUUAUUACAUCUAUGCCACCGCCAUGGCAUAACUCGCCCCCGUCUUUCACCACGGACAUACGACGGCCUCCCAAAUUUCUCCAGAAAAUGCAAUUCAAGAUGAUUUCAAUGGCUUCAAUGGGGAAUGGAGGAAGAGGGUUGUUCGAUCUGGAGAAGCAUUUCGCCUUCUAUGCCGCAUAUCACACCAAUCCCAUCAAUGUUCUCAUCCACAUGCUCUUCGUCUGGCCAAUCUUCUUCACUUUCGUUGUGCUUUUGCACUUCACUCCUCCUCUUAUUCGUCUUCCCGUCCCCUUCUCCGAUGAUCUUUCUAUCAGCUCGGCCUUCGGCGUUGCUUUCGUCUACGCCUUGUUUUAUGUCCUUUUUGAUAGGAAAGCUGGCUCCUUGGCCGCCCUUCUCUGCAUGCUCUGCUGGCUCGCCACUCGCGCCCUUGCCCGCCGCCUCGGCUUCUCCCUUGCCUGGAAGGUGGUUCUCGCUGUCCAGUUGUUCUGCUGGACUGGACAAUUUAUAGGCCAUGGCAUAUUCGAGAAACGGUCACCCGCUCUUCUGGAUAACCUGUCUCAAGCUUUUCUGAUGGCUCCAUUUUUUGUUCUGCUCGAGGUAAUCAUCUAUUUGCGCAAAUUGAAAGCAUCUCAACACGACCUAAAUUACUCAAUUUUUCAUCUUCAGGCAUUGCGAGAUUUCUUCGGCUAUGAACCGUAUCCAGAUUUCUAUGCCAAUGUCCAAGCUAAGAUAAAGGCGAACCGGAAAGCACAGCAGCGCAACAAACACAAAUUCUGUGCUUGAAGAACUUGGAAGCUUCCAUUACUUGCAAAUCAUCUAAAAACUAGCAAAUGUUCAGCUCGGGUUGUGCACAAGUUUGUAAUAUAUUAUCUAGAACAUGUGUUCCCUGAUCAAACUGUUGCCAGGUCCUGGCUUCUUAACUCCUCUCCCAUGCAUCA